AUGGAUCUGGGUUUUUCCAGCGGGAGCCUCACUCCCUCUACUGCAAUCUCUGAAAAUUGGUGUCUGACGCGGCUGCUCCUGCACAUUAUUUAUUUAUUUCCUCCUUUCCUCCCGCCGAGACCCUCCUGUCAGAAGGAGAGCUGCAGUCUGGGGAAAGGACACAGGCAGGAAGCUGCCAUGAGCACCAGGCAGGAGGCCAGGAGAGAUGAGGGAGACACCGGUAGGAGGGUACAGGAGGCAGAGAUUCGGGACCCAGCCCAUCUGAGCCAGCAGCGCCGUUUCAAACAGGCCACCCAAUUCCUGCACAAGGACUCCGCUGACCUGCUCCCCCUGGACAGCCUCAAGAGACUUGGCACCUCCAAGGAUUUGCAGCCACACAGUGUGCUCCAAAGACGCCUGAUGGAGGGAAACCAGAGUCAGCUUCGGAUCAAGCCUCCCCUUGUGCAGGCCCUGAUUCAAGACCAGGAGAGCAGCAGAGAGACCAGCGGGACAGAAAUUCCAGCUCUUCUUGUCAAUUGCAAGUGCCGGGACCAGCUGCUGAGAGUGGCCGUGGACACAGGCACACAAUACAAUAAAAUCUCUGCUGGAUGCCUCAGCCGCCUGGGGUUAGAGAAGCAGGUGCCUAAAGGCCCAGGUGGGAGCCUGGCACCUGCGUGCCCAACCCAAGUAGAGCAACUGGAGCUACAGCUAGGGCAGGAGACUGUGGCAUGCUCAGCCCGGGUGGUGGAUGUCGAGAGUCCUGAAUUCUGCCUUGGAUUGCAGACUCUGCUUUCUCUCAAGAGCUGCAUCGACCUGGAACAUGGAGUGCUGCGGCUGAAAGCCCCGUUCCCAGAGCUGCCCUUCCUGCCUGUGUACCAAGACCCUGGCCAGUGA